UAUAUUUUCCUCUUACAUCUCCGCUCCCCUUUCAUCUUUCUUUGCGCUCUCUCUUUCUCAUGUACCCUUUUCCAGAAUAGACUCGGAGAGAGAGGAAAAACAGAUUCAUCCAAUGGUUGAUCUUGCAGUUUCAGAAAUCAAACCUUCAACCCCAUUACUGUCUGUAGCCAGCAGUACCGGUACGAGCAGUUCCAGCAGUGAGGCCGAUGAUAGCUCGGCAACAUCCCUCCGUUUCGAGCUCCAAGAUGUCAAGUAUCAGUUAUCUUGUACAACUCUUUCUGGAUCAUACUCGUAUCGAACUUUGGCGAUUCUUUCAGGCCAUAUUGGUUCAGUUUCUUGCUUGGCCCUAUGCGGCGAGUUCAUAUUGAGUGCUUCACAAGGCAAGGAUAUCAUAGUCUGGCAGCAGCCGGAUUUGAAGAUAUUCACAAAGUUUGGACAGGGAGAUGGUUCGGUGAAGGCGCUAGCAACGGUUGGAAACCAGGUCUUUACAGCGCACCAAGAUAGUAGGAUUAGAGUUUGGAAGGUGUCGAGGAGGUCAGAGAAUAUAUUCAGGCUUGUUGACACCCUCCCAACGACUAAGGACUAUUUGGGGAAGUUCAUGAAGCAAAGCAAUUAUGUCCAAACUCGGCGAAACCACAAAAAGUUGUGGAUUGAACACGCCGAUAGUAUCUCUUGCUUAACGGUCCAUAAUGGGUUGAUUUACUCGGGGUCGUGGGAUAAGACACUCAAGGUAUGGAGGCUAUCAGAUUUGAAGUGCUUGGAAUCCAUUAAAGCCCAUGAUGAUGCAAUUAAUGGGUUGGUGGCAAGUAAUGGAAUUGUGUAUUCGGCUUCCGCGGAUGGGAAGAUUAAAGCUUGGGGAAAGGAGGGGAAGAGCUCACAUUCUUUGAAGGGGAUUUUGGAAGGUCAUAAGGACGUUUCACUUAAUUCGGUUAUCGUUUCUGAGGAUGGAAGGUGGGUUUAUGGAGCGGGAUCAGAUGGGUAUGUGAUGGCGUGGGAGGGGAGUGGGAAUUUGUUGAGUUGGAAGGUGGCAUGUGAGACAAAAGCACAUCAAAUGGCUGUUCUGUGUAUGAGCCUGAUGGGGGAAAUUUUGUGCAGUGGCUCUGCAGAUAAGAGUAUUGGUAUAUGGAAAAGAGAGGCUUAUGGUGAGCUUAUUAAGGUUGGGGUCAUAAGUGGCCAUGAAGGUCCAAUCAAGUGUUUGCAGGCAUCAACCAGGAAUGUUGGUGGUGGGUUCUUGCUCUAUAGUGGAAGCCUUGAUAAAAGCAUAAGAGUUUGGUGGGUUCCCAAGAACUCUGCCAACAGAGAUGAUACCUCACCAACAGAAAAUGAAGUGAAGAAUUCUAUCAGCUUGUGUUAGGAAAUUCAUUCAAGGGUCGAGUAACGAAGCACCGGUUCCCUUUUUUAGUGUCUGCAGUGCUUCCAGUUUUUUUUUUUUUUUUUUUUAAGAUGUCUUGACAGGUGCCUUGGGUUUGAGAUUUUAUUGUGCAGUUAUUAAGGAUGGAAUUUGAUGGACAUGGUGAAGUUGGCGGUGGGUGUUGAU